ACAAGUACAUAAACAUACUUUAUAGCACGCUAUAAAGCUACUCCUGAAAUAAAGAAAUUUAUAUGUAAACUUUUGUGUAUAGGUUAGGAAUCUCAGAUUAUGUUACAUUAACCACCAUGACGAAAUUAAUGUACCUAGAUCCUUUAAAGAUCUAGAGAAUUUGUAAUAAUGUUUUAUGCAAUUUUACAAAUUUCAAAUCAAUAUAAAUACAUUACAAUAAAACAAUUUUGCAAAAUUUUUAUAAUUGUUAUCUGUACGUUUACACCUGAAAGAAAACAAUCGAUAAACAUUCUAACCAACGAUCGCGUGCUCGUAAAAACCUGUUCUUUACAAUUGUGCAAAUUAAACAUUAUUGAUUCAAGAACUUUCCUUGAUAAAUGAAAUCACCCGAUAACGUAAUCAAAUUUUUAGUAACACACAAUUUUUUGUUUCGUCAACGUUCUUCAUCUACGCAUGAAAUUUGUCUAACGUGAUAAAUGUUCAUUAAGUAAAUUGCAUCAAUUAAUCAAUGUUUAAUUAGUUUAUUUUAUAGUAUAUUAUCCCGCUAUAGGAUGUAAUAGUUACAAUCGUGUCGAAUGAAAAAUGGCCGCAAACGUAAGAACAGAAAUGCGAAUUCCUACACGUUCUGCUCCUCGUCCACCUGUCAAUUCAACGGCACAAAGAAAUGUUAUUUGGAAUAGCACAAACAAUGUUUAUGGUUCUACAUUAACACAACAGUCUAUUCAAAAGAAAAAGCCACCUCCUCGGCCACCACCACCAAAGUUCAAUCAAAAUUAUUCACAAGUACAAAAGGAUAAAUCAAAGAAACCAGCAAGACCAACAGAACUUUUGAGUAAUCUUUUUGGAAGAAAAAGAAAUGAACAUAUAAAUACAAUACAAUUGAAUAGUCAAGUACAGAAUGCAAUAUCACAAUCAGAACAUACAAAUGGAUCAGUUUGUCUAAUAGAUUUUAGUCCACCUGGUUCUCCAACAUUUACAACUCGAUCAAGUAGUGAUGGUGUUAGUAUUGAUAGUUUUGGCAGUGAUGGUAAUUCAAAUCCCUCUGUAUUCACAAGCAGUGGAAAUACAUCUCAAACAGAAAGUGCCUUUGAAGAUGAUUUUGAUGUGUUUGGACUAUCUACCAAGAAAACGCCAAAAAAUGAUCCUUGGCAAAUUAAUUCAAUAUCAGAUCCAUUUGGACCAAUAGAAGUAUCUAAUCAUAAUUCAUUUGAGCCUGUAAAAUCCAUAGGAGAUGCACAAUUUUUUGCUUUUAAUACAAAUAACCAUGUCAAUAAUCAAAUGUCUUUCACUCAAACAUGUUCAAAAACAACUCAAUUACCAACUAUUAUACGUGCAAAGUUACCUAAACCACCAGCACCAAAAACUAUACAGAAAAAAAUGGAAAAGAAAAUAAAUUGUGACACUGAAACAGGGACAAAUUGUUUUAAUAAAACAGUAAUUCCGUUUACAAAACCAAUAACAUUAGAUUUAACAAAUUCUUGGUCAAAUGACACAAAAGAUAGCCCUUCUCCACCAAUGCCUACAAUACCACCACCUGCACCACCACCAGAGUAUUUAACAGAGAUAAACAAUGAUCACUCAACCACUAGUGAAGAACCUUAUGGUGUUGCCCUUUAUGACUUUCCUGUAACACAUGCAGAUGAUUUACCUUUCAAAGAAGGUGAUAUAAUAUAUUUGAUCAGGAAAGUUAAUGAUGAUUGGAUGGAAGGUAGAACAGGAAAUCGGCAAGGAAUAUUUCCUAUUAAUUUCAUUGAUAUAAAAGUACCAUUACCUGGUGUUCCAGACAAUGUAGUUAUUGCUGUUUAUCCUUUUCAAGGAGAGACCAUAGAAGAUUUAACUUUUAGUGAAGGAGAAAAAAUCACAGUUUUGUCAAGGAUAUCACAAGAUUGGUUGUAUGGUGAAUGUAAAGGUCGGAAAGGACAAUUUCCAGCAAAUUACGUGAAUAGAAUCCCAUUUUUGCAUCAGAAUUAUACUUACAAGGAAAAUCAUAUCGGAGUCAUACUUAAUGGCUGAAAGUAAAAGACUGAAUUGUACACAAGGGCCCAUUGAUUUGCAAAUUUUUAUGAAAUGCUACUUUUAUCAAUAUUGAAUCGAAAAUUAAAAAUUUGUACUCUAUAUUGAAAGAAGAAAGUAAUUUUUCAAUCGAGGAAAUAUAUGAAGUAUUUUUUACUAUUAUAAAUAUAAAUAUCAAAUCAUGCAUGUAUAUUUUCAUAUAUUAAAAUGCACUUGAUUGCAAAAUGCAUAAGUAACUAUACAUAUACAGUGUUCAAUAUACUGCAUAAUAUUUAAAAUAUUUACAAGAACUUGAUAAUUAACUGUUUUAUAAAUAAUAUUUACAUUUGUGAUGUUUAGAUAAUACUAUUUGUCUUUUACAUUGCAAGAAAGUAUUUUUCUAUGUAGUUCAUUAUUAAGUUUAAAAACAAUGUUCUUUUAGAACAUUCUUCUAACAAUAGUUCUGCUAGAACUAUUUAAAAACAUAAUGAAUUGAUAUAUUUGUUUAAUAAACAAUCAAUACAUUUUGUACUUUGCUAUAUAUAAGUAACAUAUGAAACUAGCAAUAUUUUUUCACGUGUAUAUAAAACGUUUCAUACUUAUAACAAUUAAUAUAAAAUUACAGUUAAAUAUGUAAUGAUUCAGUUGUUUAAGUGCAUUCUAAUAUUAUAAUUUUAAAUGUAUAAUAAUAAGCAGAAAUUAUUGAAUGAUCAGAACUACUUGGGAAUUGCAAGAAUAUCAUAACUAACAAAUUUGUAUAUUUCAUGUUUAAUGUCAUUUAUGGUUAUUAUUCAUAUAUUAAACAUAAUAAAUUUAUGUUUCUUACAUCUAAAAUCUAUCCUAAUCAAGUUACCAAUAGAAAAACAAUAGUAUAACUAGUAUGUGGUACAUGGAUAUGCAUUUUUGGAAAUAUAUAAUUUAAAUAUUCUUGAUAUUUAAAUUUUCAUGUAUUUUAAUGUAAAUACUUAAUUACAUGUUUACAAAUUUAAUUUUCGCAUAUCUUGUGAAUUACCGAAAAUGUAUCUUAAAGAUGUGUAUUUAUAAAAUUGUAUGUAUGCGUGUAUAUAAAUAAGUGAUCUUCAGUUGCGCACUAUGUACUAAAUUAUUAUAAAAUUAGUGAAAAUGUGAAAAAAUUUAAAUUGCAGUAUUAAUAAAGAUCAGUUCAUUAAUUCCACAGUUUGUAUUGGAAUUAGAUACUUGAUUUAUAAAUAAAUAAAAUGAUCAGCAGUGC